GUAUUGAGAUCGGAUCUGAUAAGCCCUGCAACACUUGGCCGACAUUUAAAUCAUUCAUGACCCUAGAACAAUCAAAAUUAUAAAUUAUCAUUCAUGCGAGGGCUAAACGUACUCACUUUAAACAAUACAUUUAAGCCAAAACAAUGAUUUUAUGUAAUCCUUCAAAGCAUAGCUCCGGAACAACCUUGCUUUUAAUCUCUCUCAUGAAUCAADAACUGCUUGAAAUUAAGUGGUUUAUACAGUAUAUUUUGUAAAUGAAUCCCAUUUGCAUCAUAUAAACAUGUCUAUGGAGAAGAAAAAUGAGGACUUGUCAAAAACCCAAAAUGGAAACCAAGAAUCCAWGUCAAGUGUUCUAGAUGAUGGCAAAGCUGCCAGAAACGCACAAUACAACCGAGUUAUAUUCACACUCGGUUUCUUUAUUUUCUUUGCUUGGUUAUUGGGUCGUUUGGGUUUCAACAUCUACUGGCUUUUAGCWUUAAUCAUUUUUGUUUUGCUUUGGUGGAAGUGCAAAAUUUCCUGGCUGCUGGAACUUGUUUGCAAAGAUGCCGACCUUGAUGCUCGACGAGAGAAAGCAUUCAAAAACUCGGAAACGGUCGAGUGGCUGAACUUCAUAAUAAACAGAUGGAUUGUGUUCAGCGAUGAAUCUCUUUUAUUAUUGAUUAAAAACAGUCUGGAUCCUCUACUUGAGUCCUGUCUUCCCCCAUUCAUUGGUGGUAUAGAGGUUAGUGAUUUUACUCUUGGAACGCGGACACCCUAUAUACAACACGUAACAGCCUAUGACAAUUUUGAAGACCUCCAUAAACUACGCGCCACGGCCUUCAGCAUGAGACAACCUCCAGAAGAACUUGUAACAAGGCCUCUCUACAGAGCGGUGUUAGACCUUGAUAUCGGACUUGCGUCACCUGAUGCUAGAUUUGUUAUACGUGUUAGACUUGGGAAUAAGGGACUUCUUGGAACAGAGACAGAAAUUGCAGUGGAGGAUUUCCACAUCAGUGGCAGAAUGCAGCUUGUUCUUCAGUUUAAUCGAAACAUCCCUUUUCCGCACCUGGCUUCUUUGUCUUUUUGCUUUCUUGAAGAGCCUCAGGUAGCGUUUGAUAUCAGAAUGCUCAAAGCCGUGCAACUCAUGGAUGUACCACUUCUUAGACAAUGGCUGAAUCAAACAGUCAACGAUCUUCUCAAAUUAUCGUUGGUAGACCCCGAUAGGAUUUAUAUUCCCUUGUGCGAGGACCCAGAAGAGUUAGCAAGAGGAGAGGAAUUCGCAUGUGGUGUGCUGUCUCUCGCUAUCAAUGGAGGMUCCCAUGGUCGUCCCACAGACGAUCCUUACUGGUGUGUGGUCUCCCUCGGCCAGCAGAAGAUCCACACAAAAGAUGUGACGUCAGACAAUCCAUGGACAGAUCACGUGUCCUUGUUGGUAUACAAUCUCCACUAUGACAGAUUGACGAUAAAGAUCAGAGGAAARAGAAAGCUUGGAACCAAGUAUACUGUAGCACAAUAUGAAAUGCCAUUGGCGAGAUUGUAUCUAGAUACCACUCCUACUYUAGAAAAGGUAUUCGAGAAGGAGAACGSCAAAGGAAGCAGUCUCGUAGUACAGAUGGAGUACUCAGUUUUACCUUUGGUUUGUAUCCCUAAAAAUGAUGAACUGAACUCCCAGCAGGAAAGUGAAGAAUGGAUCAAGAAUAUUACUGACAAAACAAAGCCUSAACUAGAAGAAGUUUCAGGUGUAGUUUUAGUAGCCAUUCACAGUGGAGAAAGCUUGAUUCCCAUGGAUAAAAAUGGGUUAAGUGAUCCUUAUUGUGUGCUUUACGCUAAUCGUAAUACUAUCCAUAAAACAAAUGUGAUCAAGGAAUCGUUAGAUCCUGUGUGGGACGCUUUUACGGAGUUUACUGUUGCCAACAUCAAUCAGAUGACCCUGUCAUUUGUGGUUCUCGACAAAGAUGAGUCUUUACGAGACAGCAGCGACGAUUUUCUAGGUUCUUGUAAUCUGAAGUUGUCUAAGGAUACGCCAGUUAUUCUUCGCAAAGAACUUCAUCUUCUUUACAAAUUGAAGAGCUCGGUGAUGAAGUCGUCUGGAAAACUCUGUGUAUCCGUGGUUUUUAGGUCGAUUGAGUCCGUUCGUAAAUCAUGGAAACCGGAACUUCCUGGAGGAUUUCCAGAAGGAGAGCCAGUUGACCAGUUCCAGAAGGAUGAUCCYAAGUUGAUGGAAUCACUUCUAAUGGCAGAACGAGGUGGUCUCACGGUCACCGUUCAUAGAGGUCGUAACUUGGUGGCAAUGGAUUUCACAGGUAAAAGUGAUCCUUUCGUUACACUGAGGACUGAUGAGAGCGCUGAGAAAUUCCGCAGUAAAGUCGUUCAAAAGACUUUGAAUCCUGUAUGGAAUGAGACAGUAACCAUAGCAAUGCCUGGUGACGGAGAACACCUMAUACUGGAUGCAUGGGAUAAAGACGCUCUGUCACAAGAAAAGAUGGGGAGUGUAGUAUUCAAGACAUCUACGCUGCGAGAUAUGACUAAGGAUCCGCAUCAGAAACAUUGGGUACCACUYAGCAACGCAAAAAGUGGAGAAAUUCAGUUGAGUUUUAAAUUCAUUCCUCCAGAGGAGUGCCGUCAGCUUGAAUUGAAUAACAACAUUUUGGAAGACGGACCAGAGCAUGUGAGCCCAGAGGAUCUUAAUCAGGAUGACAUGAAGUCUGCAGGGUGGAAGAAAAUUCUAAAGAAGCGUCGAGUAUUUGGAGUAACAAGCUCAAAAAAGAAAGCCACACCAACCGUCUCUCUUGAUGUCCYAGGAAGACAAAACCAGCAGAACUUACAGCCACCAUCACCGGACCCCUCGUUGACCUCAGGUCAUGAUGAAGAUCCAUUUUAUUCUGAAGAUGAAUCGAAGAACGUCGUAAAAACAGAGGCGCACGUCCUUCCAGCAGAAAACGUCGAGUCGAGUGAUGUUAAAAAAGGCAAACCAAAGCUGUUGACUGUAGUAAACACGGUUAAAACCCUGAAAUGCAAUAUUCCUAAGACUUCAUCAGAUGAGGAGUACGAGAAGGAAGUUUUUGACGAGAUGCACAGCAAACAGAAGACAAAGGCAAAAGGUGUACGACGAAGACUCGGUUCUUGGAGGUCAAAGAAACAGAGAAGUGCAAGUGAAAAUGACAUGGMGACAUUCGAUUUGGAAAAAGCUUUUCAACAAGAUAAAGAACUGAGCGAGGCGUGGUUGGGUAUACAAACUUCAGAUAAAAAUUCCUCACCCAARCUCAAAAAGCACCACAGUACUGCUUCGAGCCGAAAAUAUUCGUCUCCUCCUCAUUUACCAGUAACUCGUGGAUAUACAAUUGCUGGUGACUAAAAAUAGCCAUCAAUAAACACUGAUUUAAUAACAUUGAAUAAAGUAGAAAUUGUUAGGUAAUUUUUAAAUUAAAAUCCCUUUUGGACUACCUUAAAAGUGGACUGGUGUAACAGCCUAUCUUAUUCAAGACUGUUCAAUGCAGCUGUUACAUAUGUUUUCUUUUUUCAUAGGCAAAAUUACUAUUAUAGUAAUGUAAAGAAUUAAAUAUAUAAACAGAAAUAUAAAUUCUGAAAUUUUUAAUUAUCUGGAAGCUCUUUUUCAUGCACAUUCAAUGUGUUCAUAUAUACCUGUGAUUAUACAAAUUAAGAAUUUACAGUACUAUAUUUAUGAUGUUAUUCACAUCUUCAAUAUAUACACUCCUUAUUUUCCAAUCACUGUUUCAAUUCUAGUUUGUAGCAAAUAUAAUGUACAGGGAUGAUUAAAAGUAGCAGGAAAAUUUAAA